AUGAGCGCGGCCGAGCGCGGCCCCGGUGGGCCCGGUGGGCCCGACCCCGGCGGGGGCCGCAAAGCGCGGGGGCGGCCGCGCCUCACCGAGACCGACCGGGCCCGGCGGCGCCUGGAGUCGCGCAAGAAGUACGACGUGCGGCGGGUGUACCUGGGCGAGGCGCACGGGCCCUGGGUGGAGCUGCGGCGCCGCAGCGGAUGGAGCGACGCCAAGCUGGCGGCCUACCUGCUCGGGCUGGAGCGGGGCCAGCGCGCCGGGCGGCGCGGCAAACCCUGGGAGCAGCUCCCGAAAAAACCCAAACGCAAGAAAAGGCGCCGCCGGAACGUGAACUGCCUGCGGCACGCGGUGAUCUGGUACGAGGACCACCGGCAGCGCUGCCCGUACGAGCCGCGCCUGGCCGAGCUGGACCCCUCGGUGGGGCUCUACACCACGGCCGUGUGGCAGUGCGAGCGCGGCCACCGCUACUUCCAGGACCUGCACUCGCCCCUGCGCCCGCUCAGCGACUCGGACGGCGAUGACGCUCCUGGCUCCUCCUCCUCCUCCUCUUCCUCCUCCUCGGGGGGCUGCAGCUCGGGCUCGGAGGCGGCUCCGGGGGGGGGGUCCCGCGGUGGCAGCCGCCCCCCCCGGGGGCCCGGCCCCCCCCGAGGCGCUGGAGGCCGUGGUUUGUGUCCCCCUGCCCCUGCCCCUCCCGCGGGGGGGGCUGGACGGGGGCGGCCCCCCCACCCUCCUGCAGGGCCCCCCCCUCCUGAUCCUGGGCUGCGAGGCCCUGGGGGGGCUGCAGCUCGGCGUGGGGGGGCACGAGGUGCUGCUGGAAGGGGGGGGGGGCGCCUUCCCCCCCCCACCUGCGGAGCCCCACCUGCCCAAGACAGGGGCAGGAAUGGGGGAUCAGGGAAGAUUUGGGAGGAGGAUGAGGAGGACCCAGUGCUGAGGCUGAAGCAGGAGGAGCUGCCCCCCCCCGCCGAACCCCCCCCUCCGGAGCCCCCCCGGGAGCCCCCCCGGGACCCCUCCCCGGCUGAGGACCCCGAGGUGUCGACGAUCAUCUACGAGAUCCCCAAAGAGCCAGAAAGGCGCCGGCGGAGCCGCCGGGGCCGCGCCCCCUCCCCGGACCCCGAGGACCCCCCCGAGCCCCUCACCUGCCCCUACGCCGGCUGCGGGCAGGAGUUCAGCGCUCUCAGCAGCUUCCAGAACCACCUGAGCCUGGUGCACCGCAGGGGCCGGAGCCAGGUGUGCCCCCAGCCCGGCUGCGGGAAGAGGUUUUACCUGGCCAACCACCUGCGGCGGCACAUGGGCGUGCACUCAGGUGUGCGGGAAUUCACCUGUGACACCUGCGGGAAGUCCUUCAAGCGCAAGAACCACCUGGAGGUGCACAGGAGGACACACACCGGGGAGACCCCCCUGCAGUGCGAGGUGUGCGGGUACCGCUGCCGCCAGCGCGCCUCCCUGACGUGGCACAUGAGGAGACACGGGGGGCUCAAGAGCCACCCCGAGCCCCGUGGCACGUAGGGACCCCCCCCUGGACUCACCUGGGCCCCCCCCGGACUCACCUGGGCCCCCCCGGACUCACCUGGGCCCCCACCUGCUUGCCGGGACCCCCCGAUGUUCCUGCGGCUGCACCUGGAGGUGAAGAAGAACCACCUGGGGGGGGUCCUGAGCCUCUCCCCAGGACACCCCAAACACCUGAGGGACCCCUUGGGGGUGUCCUUGUGUGUUCCCCCCCCCCCCCAGGUGACCCAGUGGCCCCCCCAGGUGUCGCCGUUGCCCUCCCCCCUCACCUUUUAUUUAUUUCCUCAUUCUCGCUCGUCACCCCCCUGGGGACACCCAGGGUUUUGGGGGGGGGGGGGUUUGGGGGCUCUGGGGGGGGUGCAGACCCCUCCGGGACCCCCCCCAAAUCCAUUAAAAUCAGGACUUUU